AUGAACGCCGCCCCGAAGCAGGUCCAAGGGACUGUGGAACUGCAGCGUUGGGAGGACACGGACGCUGCCUCCUCCUCGGCCAGCGGGCGUGUGGCCCGACAGCAAUUAUCCCCCUGCAUCGAAAUCUGGGUUUUUCCAUACUGCUGCCUGCGCCUAAUAAAACCCGUCUACCGCGCACCGUCGCACAGCCGCGUCGCGCUGCCUCGGGUCCCCGCGGGGAGCCACGGGGCCCUGGGCGUUUCGCUCCAGGGCGAGGCGGCGUUCGGGCACGCAGGUGAACCGCAGACCCGCAGACCGCUCGCCCUAGGGACGCGCGCGAGUGCUUCCAGGCUCUCGGCCGGCUGCAGGAGCCACAAAGUCUCUCUGAAAACCACGCGCGCCGGAGACCCCGCAGGGUCCCGCACGAGGCUUCCGGGGCCCUGGGCGACCCCCGGGCAGGGCAGGAGGGCGGCACCGGGGACCUGGCGUCCAGGGCCCACGCGCGCGUUCCCCUGGGCACCACGUCCUCGGCGGCUCUUCCCCGACCGCUCGCCCCUCCCGGCUUCCUUUCGGGGCAGCGGAAUUCCCCGUUCUCCCGCGGAUGCCCCGCCUCCGACGUGCUUCCCGAAGUUUCUCUGGCGCGGGACCGGGAAAGCCCCAUUUGCCGGUGGCUCCGCGGCCCACAGACCCCGGCCUCCCGCUGCGCUCGCGCUAACCCCAACCCUUGCUCCUCGCCGCCCCCGACCCGUCCCGCACGCCAGACCCUGGACCCCGGCUGCGGUUCCCUCCCGCCGCGCUGGGCCGUCGCCGGCCUGGGCACCUGGCGGGGAGCGCGGCGCGCCGAGACGGACCCAGGCCGUACGGCAUCGCCGUGAGAGGACACCCGCGGCGGGAGCGGCUGCCCGUGGAAGCCCACGCGCGUGGCCCGCCCUUCGGCUCACUGGGGCGUGCGCGAAGACCGGGUCUCCUUACGGCCCGGAGAGGCCGCGGCUUUCGGUGGUGGCGUGGCGUUCCAGCUUUGCUUUUCCGCGCGUCCGGGCGAAGCGGCGGCGGGGAGAGGUGCGCCCCGACCCCCGCAACUCCAGGCCGCUGCGCGUCCUCCUUGGGAGCGGCGGAGCGCAGGCCGCGGCCCGGCAGGUGGCAGCCCUUGGAGAGGCUACUGAUUUCCUACUGUUCUCCACCCUCCGCUGUCAUCCGGAGAGAUCCGCCGUCGGCCUGGCUGUCACGACUUUGCGGGAGUAGCGCGUCUUCUCUCUGGCUGCUCUCGGGGUCUUCGCCGGUGUUGUGUGUUCCAGCUUUCCGUCAGUGUGUCCAGAGAGAAAAUUCUUUUCAUUUUCCUGUUCUUGAAUUCGUUAGCAGUCCUGAUUCUAGAAGUCGUAUCUAUUUUCACUUAGGAAUCCUUUGUAACGAUUAUCUUCUUAAAA